GGGGGAAGAAGAGAUCCGCCGCCUCCCGGCGCCCCGAUUGCUGCCUGGUCCCAUGUGAACUGGAAGGCACGGCUAUGCUCCUGGGGACACCGCGCUCCGCCAAACUGAGGUCCUGGCCGCUACCAUGACUGAUGGCGAGAGCCGAGAGCCGCUGCCGCGCCCGGCCGGCGGCGAGGUGCGGGUGCCCAUCACCGCGCCGCCCCGCCGCCCCGCCGAGCAGCAGCAGCAGCAGCAGCAGCAGCCGCCUGAGGAGGAGGAGGAGGAGGAUGCCGGUUCCGGUCCCGUCGGUUCUCCCUGUCGCGACCCGCCACCCGACCUGGCCUCCGAGGAGGAGGAGCAGGUGCCUUACCCGGCUCUGGCACCCACCGCCUUCUUCUGCCUCAAGCAAACCACCCGGCCGCGCAGCUGGUGCCUCAGGCUGGUCUGUAACCCAUAUCCUUUCCCCGAGGGACACCAACCCCCCCCCCCCCCGGCAGGGAAGGAAGAGGACAGUCAAGCCUCUAAAUCUCAUCCCCCCUCCCCUGAGUCCUUUACCCGGUUUAUUAAUGUUAAAUGA